AGUAAUCUGAGACAUAAACCCUGGUCCCCCUUAACAUCUCUCUAAGGUGAGUCAGCACAUGCCACCCUCCUCAGCUGGGCAGCGCUCCCCAGAACACAGGCACCACCUGUCCCUUCGCCCCACAUAAAGCUUUUGGAGAGCCCAUAGGACUGUGAGAACUUUGCCUUCUGGAGGAAUUCCACACACCCUCUCCACCCUGUAAGGAAGAUUGCCAAUCCAGACCCAAGGAGCAAAGUCCUAAAACAGGAGAAGAGAAGACUGGUUUCUGCAGAGGCUGGGCAGAGAAAGAAAGCCAGAGCCCCAACAGAAGCACCACCAGAAGCUGGUGUUAUGGAUGUCCUGGUCCGACUCCUGCAGCUGCUCAUGCUGCUCCUGACGCUGCCCCUGCACCUGAUGGCUCUGCUGGGCUUCUGGCAGCCCCUGUGCAAAAGCUACUUCCCCUACCUGAUGGCMGUGCUGGCUGCCAAAACCAACCGCAUGAUGGAGAACAAGAAACGGGAGCUCUUCAGUGAGAUAAAGAAGCUGAUGGGAACCUCAGGGAAGGUGGCCCUGCUGGAGCUGGGCUGUGGCACUGGUGCCAACUUCCAGUUCUAUCCUGCUGGCUGCAGGAUCACCUGCCUGGACCCAAAUCCCCACUUUGAGAAGUUCCUGAAAAAGAGCAUGGCUGAGAACAGGCACCUCCAAUAUGAGCGGUUUGUGGUGGCCCCUGGAGAGGACAUGAAACAAGUGGCUGAUGGCUCCAUGGACGUGGUGGUCUGCACUCUGGUGCUCUGCUCUGUGCAGAGCCCAAAGAGGGUCCUGCAGGAAGUCCACAGAGUACUGAGGCCGGUGAGUAGAGUGGGAAGGACUGGGGCCUGGGGCAGACAAAUAGCAUUGGCCACCCCAGAGUUCGGGGGCCCCAGGAGGGGGAACUGA